GUCCAUGCACAAGUUUCAUUCAAAACUUCGACCGAGAAGGGUGCGUCGUGUGCGUGCGUCUUUCCGUUCCGUUCUGUUCCGGGCGCCUUUAUCGUAGUGAAUUCGCGCCACAACCAGGGAAAACAUUGUCGCGUUCGAAACGUGCGUGUGCGUGUGAAUUGUGUGCUGACCGCGAAUGGUGCCGAUCGCUUCCUUUUGAUAUCGUGGAUCGCUUAUCGAGUGUGAUUCCUACCGUGCGUAGUGCUGCCAACCAAGUGCUCCGGCGUGAAUAAUUGUUAACCACCAAAUCAACAACCAUUACACGGUGCGCCAGGCCGGCAGCUGAGCCGAGCCCCAAAUGAAGGCCCGAUAAUGGAAAUGGGUCUGCGUGUUGCCGGUGAUCUAGUGGUGCGUACCGUGUCGCGCGUUCCGGCCGUGCUCUCAGCUUUUCCGGCGGCUUACCUUUUCCCCGGCGUUUAGUGUGCCUGUGUGUGUGUGUGUGCGGGUGUUUGUGUGUGGCCUGAUGCAAGAUGGCAACAAUCGCAGCAAACGCAUCGAAGCGCAAUCCGGUCGGUCCGGAACCGGCGGGUGAAGUGGCGGGUGGGAUGGAACCGAUGGUGGUAGGAGAGGUUGGGGUGGGUGGGCGGCCGGCAGUGAUGCCGGCAGAAGCAAACGCCAAAAAGUGCAAUGCCAAAGUGAGCGGUGCGUUGGGCCGAAGGAAAGGGAGUGGCAGUGGGCUGGAGGUCGGCCGCAGUGCCAAACCGUCCGGAUCGGAAUCCCACGCGCCCUCGGCCCACUCGCUGAUCAACUACCUGUUCUAUCUCAUGUGCAUCACGGCGCUCGGAGCUACCGUGUACUCCAAUCUGCGCCAAACAUACGUAGAGGAUAAAUUAAGUAGUCUAGUUAGUAUCGAAGACCGGCUCAGCCUGCUCGAGGCACAGGUGAGCGAUGUAUAUAGGAGGAUCACGCUGCGCAAGAUGGAUGCGGCCGUUGCGACCGGUAUCGUCGAGCAGGCCGAGGAAGAAAGUAUGUCCGACGUGGUGCGGAAGAUUUCACAUCAGAUCGCCGAACUGCCGCGAAUGCGACGUGACCUGUCGGCGCUGAAGGUGUCGCGCAAGGAUCGGCAAGCCGCCGUUCAGCAGACCGGCACCGAGUGCUUGUGUCCUGCAGGACCACCCGGACCACCUGGGCCACCCGGCAAAAGAGGGAAGCGUGGCAAGAAGGGAGAUCCCGGCGAUCCCGGUGUGGAGGGACCGACCGGUCCACCCGGUAAAAAUGGACUCCCGGGACCCCGUGGAGGGAAAGGCGACCGAGGACUAAUGGGUCCGAUAGGAUUAGACGGUCCGAAAGGCGAACCGGGUCGACCGGGAGACAAGGGCUCGAAAGGUGAAGUUGGCGCACCCCCGAUAGACGUGUUCCAGACGGUGAAGGGAUUAAAGCGAUCCGUAACGACACUGCGCGGUGGCUCGUUAGGCUACGCGGAAAUCGUAGCCGUGAAGGGUGAACCGGGAGAGCCUGGACCACCGGGACCUCCGGGGCCGCCCGGCGCAACCGGUGCCAUCGGGCUGGACGGACGUCAAGGGCCGCCCGGUGAUCCGGGACUGAAGGGAGAUCCGGGUCCGCCGGGCGAGAAGGGCCCGGUCGGCAAUCCGGGAACGCCUGGUCUGCCGGGCGCAAAGGGCGAUCGGGGCGAUAAGGGUGAUCGAGGCCUAACGACACACUUCAAGGGUGAUCAGUUCCCUGCCGGCAUUAUCGAAGGUCCGCCGGGACCUCCAGGACCUCCUGGUCCACCCGGCGAUAAGGGUGAUCCGGGACCGGAAGGACCUCCAGGACCACAGGGCGAGAAGGGACCGCGCGGCAAACGAGGCAAACGAGGCCCUGGAAAGGAUGACGAUUACGAUGAAGCGACAAUGACACAGUACCGUGGCCCGGUUGGACCUCCGGGCCCGCCUGGACCACCCGGCCGUGACGGAACGCCCGGCUCGAAGGGUGAAGCGGGUGAGGUCGGUGCACCGGGUUCGCUCGGACCGCGCGGACUGGACGGAAUGCCUGGCGAGCCGGGCAUUGAGGGACCACCGGGACUGCCGGGCUAUCAGGGACCUCCCGGUGAGAAAGGCGAUCCAGGCGAUAUUGGACCACCUGGCCUUAUGGGUCCGCCUGGAUUGCCGGGCCCACCCGGCUACCCCGGAGUGAAGGGUGAUAAGGGCGAUCGAGGUGAUUCCAAGUUCCGGAAAAUGAGACGGCGGCAGGAUCACGAGGGAAUGGCUGACGAACCGCACCGCGAGGUAGUUUAUGGACCGCCGGGACCUCCAGGACCUCCGGGACCUCUCGGCCAUCCGGGACCGCCGGGACCGCGCGGUUACGAUGGCAAGAAGGGCGAUCGAGGAGAGAAGGGACAGAAGGGCGAAUAUGGACCGAUGGGUUUACCGGGUCCAAUGGGAAUGCGAGGAGAUUCCGGUCCUGUGGGUCCAGUCGGAAAACCAGGACAUCCGGUCUGGGAGUAUUAAUAAGGCUUUCUAAUACGCUGACUUACCCACACAAAAAACGGAACUUUCGGUUUAACAUGUUACAUUUGAAGGCUUGGUUUUACAACGCAUAACAAAUUGGUUCUAGGUGUUAAUCAUGCCUCCCCCUUCACAAGGUAUCUUCAGACAAAGAUAAUGAUGAUUGGGUUCAGCUACUUUAACUAAACUUUCCGAGUUACUUCAUAAGUAUCCGUCUAACGAACGUUGGAUGUCUAGGCUCGUACAGUCUUCAGCAUUCGAAAAGCAAUGGAUAAGGAUGCUGAUGAGAAGGUCCGGUCAGGUAUUUGUUUUUAUAUUCUUGUGCAUCUUCAAGCUCCAAAGUUAAAACCACAAAGCAAAGUCAACACGCAACAGUUUCACAAUGUAUCGCGGCGCGGCUGUUAAAUGGUCUAGAUAACAAAAACGAAGGAAACAUUGUAGUAUUUUUUAUAAAUGUUUACAUACCAACUACAGUGUAAGGCGGAGCGCCCCAGAUUGAUGUGAACUAUUGGGGCUAAAGAGGAAGUCCACCAACAACAGACGGAAGCAUUCGGUCAUAGUUUAAGUUGCUGCAUUACCUUAACCUUAAGCUCCUACGAUCGUUACUGCUCCCAAAAAAGUGUUCGCCGAUGUUUGUUGGUAGUGUAUGCUGCAUUUAACUUCUACGUUGGCUUCUUCUCUACUCGUGUGUGAAUAAGCUAGUGCAUUCUCCUUCCGUUUAGCUCGUACUACUCCAGCAUUGUGUCCCGAAGUCAUGUUUUGCUCCUAGAACUGUCAGUUAAAUGUCAAAAUUGCCUUUCAAAGUAUUCUACACGCGCCACACAAACGAAGGUAGAAUCUCAUCCUGGAAGAAGCUUAAUCCGGCCCCGAACACUCUUUAGGCGCGCCCUACAUACACACAGCUACACGUAACACACACACACAUGAGCGAAACAGAACUUAACCCAUACAUAUCUUCCAUUCCAAGUUUAACGAAAAAGAGAAAAAAAACGGAAACGAAAAACCGAAAAACAAUUUAACACUAUACGAUAUACAUAGCCACUAGUCUGUCUUUUUACUCUCACACUUACCUUUACUAAUGUUUCUAAAAUCCCUACGAAAUGCAACAGAACUAGCAUAAUUCGGUCGCGAACAGUUGAACAGGAGACGAGCGCGCGGCUCCAUCAAAAUCCCACACACUUGCGUGCGCACGAUUCCAUCCAGACAUUAAGAAAUACCUCCUCCAAACGCAUAAUCCACCACCCAGGAACGUCCCAACUCGUCGUUGGUGUCUUAGUCUAUCAUCCCCUGCUUUACCAUUGCAUGUGCUCCUUGGAAGGAUUGCUGUUGCAACAAAGGACGUUGUUAAAUAUUACACUUCACAGAGAGAGAGAACACACGUACAGAAGAUCCACAAUGACAAUGUGAGCCCCUCUCGGAAGUUAAUGAGUGUUUAUGGAUUUAAGUUUCAUCGCUAGGAUGUUCGCAAAGUUCGGAGCGGCCGAGUCUGCAUGUGAAAUGGUAGAAACCCAGUAGAUAGGAUCAAAUUGUAGAACCAGACCGGGCAUGGGGCAUCCAUCAAAGCGAAGGAAUUUUGGGCAGCUUGAAGACACAAACCAAGCUAGGCAAACCUUCUCCAGCACAAUCCAAAAGUCUCCCGUAUGACAUCCGAGUGACGUUACCAAUGACGUGUACAGCCAAACGUGUAACGUCACUGUAACUAACCAUCACGUGACCUUCUUUCUUUGGCUCCAUUUUUUUUUUCUUUGCUAGCUCAACUGUUGGCAUUAUGUCAAUCAAUCUGUGCCGAAAGCUGCUAACAAAGUGACAUCCCAAGCAGGCCGAGAUUCCGGGAGGCGCUUAAAGCUCUCCUAUUUGAAGGCUGUCAAAAAUCGGACAGCAUCGAAUGGUCGUGGGUCAUGCGCUUCGCUUUAACCUGGGAAUGAUGAGGGAUGAACCAGCUCUUCGCACUCGCUCGUAGCAUGCGAAGAAGGCACGGUUGAUGUGUUACAGCAGUCAUCAACGAACCGACACGAUUUCGUUAUCGAUUGGCAUUUGAUUUUCAUCUGCCCCGGCUCAUGAUCAUUUGCUACACCUGUGCGCCACGGUGUGUGGGUCUUCUCCAUGCCGUUCAGGCAGAUGUGGUAGUGGGGAAGUGUUAUUAUCACUGCCAGUAGUGCUCACCCAUCGUCGAGUUGGUGGCAAGAUUUGCUAAAGUUCGAGACGAAUCCGUUGAAGGGUCGGACAUCCUCAAAAUCACUUUCUCUCGAUGGGAUGAAGGCUCCCGGGAAGAUGCUGUGCCCAGUGUAUCUGCUGCUGCAGAUCCGAUCUCCAAACUCCGUGUGUUUCCCGUGUGGUGUCCGAUGUCUGCACCAAGCCAUCUGAUUAAAGUUUAAAGGGUUUCUUCUAGUCUCUUUCUCCACUGUGCUAUGGCUACUACCGCUUUUUGUCCCUCCGGUGACCGGAAGACGGUUUCUUCUCUCGGGAACGGCACACCGAUGCAGUCAACCUAAAGUUUCUUAUUGGAAAAUCGCCUCCCAUACGUUCGAUGUGUGCGAGCGUGUGUGUGUGUGUGUAUCCUUAACGACAAACAAAAACAUCCACCAGAAGCGGCCACCAUCAUCGCUUUUCAGGAUCCGGACCACCGGAACGCCAAAGCUUUCUCGGCCAGAUUUCAUUGAAUUUUCCACUACCCUCGCCACACGUUUUCCAGUUCGAUUUCCGCUCGCUUUCGGAAAAUGAUGCAAACACACACACACUCACACACACAGACCGUGUUUCGGAUUUGCGAUCGGAUCUCAUAGAGCCAGCGAACUGAAUUUGAUGUUUUGAACUUCGCCGACCCCGGUUCCUUGCGAGUAGCGCGCGAGACCGAACCAGCUGGCAGCAAGAUGAGAAGCUGUACGUGAAUGAGUCUUUCGGAAGCGGAAGCAUCUUGUUGAAAACUAAUAAAUAUUUGAAGCAACGUUUUGCCAGCUCCCGUUCCCCGGGGACGAGCCGUGAUGCAGUCCGGAUCGGUAGUUCUGAAGUUUUGCUUCAGCACCAAAAACGAGCGAAGGUUUAAUAUUUAACGAAUGAUGCCACUGCCACCGAAUCGACGUCCAGCGCCCGCCAACGGACGGACGGAGUGCGCUUAGUGCUAUGAUGUGGAAAAUUUCUAAUGACAUGCCAGUACUCUACAUAAUCUGAAUCAUGUAUUUCUUAUUUCGUUUGUCCGUACGCAAUAAGCAAAAAAAAUGCUCAGCUCAGUAUUUAUGAUGGAGUACCGGCGAAAAAUGGUUUGGCAAAUAUUCGCCUGUUAUCGAACACAAUUUUCAGCAGACCGCAGUACAAGCGUGCCGAUAUCCGAUGGUAAAGUGUGUAGUAAUACUACCGUGACCGAAUUUUCUCCUCCACAUAUUCUUACAAACCUCAUCGCAUCCGUUAAAUGGAGCAUGGAGUUUCCCUUCUUUUUUUCGUUGUUAUCGCUCCCAUGAAAAACCGGUUCCGAAACGGCAAUACGGCGUACGGCUGGAAAAUGUCAGAUUCGAAUCGCGAUCGGACAAGGUGAUACACCCGUUGCGCACUCACCGCGUUUCGGUUGAAAUGUUGGCAAACAUAUGUUGGUAAUAAUUGGCUUCGAUCCCGGUCAGUCGUAAAUAAUUGGUUAUCCCGACCACUCCGGGGAUAGGCGAAGGUUCAUUCUAAACGGCAGGCUCGAGGGUUGGAGGACUCAUAUUUAUGGUGGGAAAGAGCAACCUGGCGUUAAGCUGAGCGUAAACCGAGCCUCAGCGGAUCGGUUCGUGCAGAUUGUGCUGGAGAGUUUGCCGCAUUGGUCACGGAGCACGCGUGAGCAAUAGAAUGGGGAAUAAAAAUCACAGCCCUUAAAAACCAAUCGACUCCUGACAGCUGUUUCGUGUCUGCCAGCACCGUGUCUAUCAGCGCUGGGCCGGCGUGUAAAGGUACGUCAUUGUGGAAUUGUAUAAAAUAGUAAUUAAGCUACGGAAUCGGAUGCAUUGGGACGGAUCUCCGGUAAGCCGAUAAGAUCGAUGAACCGACGACGAAGAAGAAAAAGUGCACAAAUUUUCCGACCACUGUGCUGAAAACUCCAACCAUCCAUUGGCAGGUGUUUUGUGCGCGUGUGUGUUUAUAAAAGGGCGGUAAAAUCAGUUUCACACAAUUCACACUCCCAAAAACCCGAAACACAAAAACACAGAAAUGGAAAUAAUUUUUAUAGUACACAAAUCCCAUUUGUAAAUAGCUGAGAGUAACGAAACGAAAAUGAGGCACUAAUGAGAGAGAAAGUAAAAGAGGGUAAAACAAACUGAAAGAGAAAAAUAAGAACCCACAAAAUGAAAUUACUUUAGCGAGAAAGGAAAAACAAAGCGAAAGAAAAGAAAUGAAAAAAACAAAAACCAGUCCAAAACCGAUGCCAAAACGAGUUAAGUAAAAGAGAGAGAGAGAGGGAAAGAGAAACAAACAAACACCCAAGUAAAAUAAGGAGCAAGAUUUAAGGAAACACACAAAUGCAACAACCGAAUGAGGUUAUACAUUAAGUGAAUUAACAAAACAAUAAAUAAACAGUGGAUAACAGGAGUUGGAAGGAAGAGAAAAACUGUA